CAUCAGAUGAACGGGGUGGGUGAACCCACUCGGAGUUCGAUUGCAGUUUCUGUGCGCUAGGCUGUGCAGUGGCGUCGAUCCUUCGAGUUAGCGGCCGUCAUGUCGCUGUCGGGCCUUUUCCGCUCUGCCGUUUCACACUCGGUAAGACAGAUCCGAUAUGUACAAAGGACAGCACAAUGUGCAGGAGGAAGUGGUGCAGCUUCGUUUGUGCAUAGGGAUUCCCCUGAGAACAAUCAAGACACACCUUUUGAUUUCACACCUGAAAAUUACAAGCGGCUAGAGGUUAUUCUUGAGAGUUAUCCAGAAGGACAUAAAUCAGCUGCUGUAAUCCCAGUACUGGAUCUAGCACAGAGACAAAAUGGUUGGCUGCCCCUCUCAGCCAUGAACAAGGUUGCUGAGAUUCUAAAAAUGCCUGCAAUGAGAGUAUAUGAAGUGGCAACAUUUUACACCAUGUUUAAUCGUAAGCCAGUGGGAAAGUACCACAUUCAAAUAUGUACAACCACGCCAUGCAUGCUGCGAAACUCUGACGCCAUUGUAAAAUGCAUCAAGGAAAAACUUGGUAUUGCAGUUGGAGAAACAACAUCUGAUAAGCUUUUCACCAUCACAGAAGUGGAGUGUCUAGGCGCAUGUGUGAAUGCACCAAUGGUGCAAAUUAAUGACAAUUAUUAUGAGGACUUAACACCAAAAGACAUGGAGGAAAUAAUUGAUGAAUUAAAGGCAGGCAAGAUUCCCAAACCUGGCCCAAGGAGUGGGCGAUUUUCUUGUGAGCCAGCUGGAGGUUUAACUUCAUUGUUAGAACCACCCAAGGGACCUGGUUUUGGACUUCAGCCGGGACUUUAACUAAUGUAGCUGGUAAUGUCUUGAACUGAUGGUGUCUCAGUAUCUGCACAAACAAAAUGUAUAUAAUAAAAUGUUUUUUCUCAUACUAUAA